GUUUUCCUGAAGGAAGCUCUUGAGCAGAAGCUGGAGAAGCAUCGGGAAGAGGAGUUGAGGAAAGCAGCUAUAGUCAUCCGGGCCCACGUCUUGGGCUACAUGGCAAGGAAGAAGUAUCAGAAGGUGCUAGCCAGUGUUGUUAUAAUCCAAAAGAACUACCGAGCAUACUUCUGGAAGAAGAGCCUGCUGCGACUGAAGGCCUCUGCAGUCACCCUGCAGAAGCACUGGCGUGGCCGCCUGGCUCGCAGCCUCUACCAGCACCCGCUGCCGCAGGAAUUCAGGCGGAAGCAGGAAGUAGAGGAGAGAAGGAGGCAAGAAGAGGAAGAACAGAUCAGAAGAAAGGAAGAGGAAAGACAAUGGCAAGAAGAGGCGGAGCGUAGGAGGAAACAGGAAGAGGAAGAGGUGAAGGAAAGAGAAAAGGAGCAACUGAAUCUGCUACUCCAGGUGGCUCAGGUGGAAUCAGUAAAGACUGAGGAGGUAGAUAUUCCCCUGCAAGAAGAGGAGAGACGUCAGAUGGAGGAGAUCUUAAGACUGGAAAAGGAGAUUGAGAAGUUGCAGCAACAGAAAGAGGAUCACAUGUCUAUCAUCUGUGAAAACACCAGGAAUGAAAUCAAUCGGCAGCGAGAAGAAGAGAUCCAGAGGCUGGAAAAGGAGGCAUCUAGGGUUGCUCAGGAGUUCUUGGAGCUGCUGGAUUUUGGCAAUCUGGAUGAAAGUGUGCAGAACUUAGAGCGCUCACUUUCUAGUGAGGGGACACUAAACAUUGACUGCAGCCUGGUGGCACCACUGGCUGAAGAAGAAGUGGAUGAGGGUUUUCAUGCUGAUGACGAAGGACAGCCAACUUCCAGUUUGGUGGUCUUGAAUCAGCAUGUCACGAGAAACAGCAAUAACUACUUGGAGGAAGUCGCAGACACAAGGCUUUCACUUCUCCAUAGGGAAGCUGGAGAGGUAGUUCCUGCUCCAGAGCAACCUGUGGAAAGAACCACUAGCCCCAAGGAGCAGAGUGCUCUAUUUGACCCAGCAGAAAGCAUUUACAGCUCUGUCUCAGACACACAGAGGAGUAACAGUAGAGAGGUGGGAGAGCCGAUUUACACUUCCCCCCCAGAUGUGGAGUCUGACUAUGACCAUGAGGAAUUUGAUGGCUGUGGAGAUGCAGGUAGCACCUCAGCUGAGCCUCUGAAUGGUGAGGAAGGUCUGAGACACUCCCAUGGUACCAGCCUGGACUCCAACCGGGGCAGCUUGGACUCGUUUCUGGAGAGUGAAGAAGAAGUGGAUAUUUACAUUGAUACAGAUGAAGAAUUUUGUAAUGGACGAGUCACUCUCUUCAAUGGCACAGGACCACCUUAUUUUCACAGCUAUCUCUAUAUGAAAGGAGGUCUCAUGAACCCAUGGAGGCGGCGCUGGUGUGUUCUGAAGAACGAGGCCUUCAUGUGGUUCCGCACCAAGCAAGAGGCACUGAAGUCAGGCUGGCUCUAUAAAAAAGGUGGAGGAAUGUCAACACUUUCACGCCGCAACUGGAAACGUCGUUGGUUUGUGCUUCGGGAAUCCAAGCUGAUGUACUUUGAGAAUGAUAGCGAAGAAAAGCUGAAGGGGACAAUUGAUAUCAGAAGGGCAAAGGAGAUUGUGGAUAUUCAUGAAAAGGAGAAUGCCUUGGACAUUGUGACAGAAGACAGAGUUUAUCACAUUGUUGCAGAGUCACCAGAAGAUGCCAGUGGUUGGUUUAACGUCCUGAGCCGAGUACACAGCGCUACAGCGCAGCAGCUGAGGGAAAUGCAAGAUGAACAGGCCAAUCCAAAAAAUGCUGUGGGAACCCUGGAUGUUGGGCUCAUCGACUCUGUCUGUGCCUCAGACAGUCCUGAUAGACCAAAUUCUUUUGUGAUCAUCACAGCAAAUCGAGUGAUUCACUGCAACAGCGACACCCCUGAGGAGAUGCAUCACUGGAUCUCCCUGCUGCAGAAACCAAAAGGCGAAUCUAAGGUUGAUGGCCAAGAAUUCCUUGUGAGAGGCUGGCUUCAUAAAGAGGUUCAGAGCAACAACAAGAUGUCCUCUCUGAAGAUGAAGAAACGCUGGUUUGUUCUGACAAAUACUGCUCUUGACUACUACAAGUCUUCUGAGCGCACAGCUGCCAAGCUUGGCACGCUUGUGCUCAAUAGCCUGUGCUCCAUAGUGCAGCCUGAUGAGAGGGUCUUCAAAGACACAGGCUAUUGGAACAUCAUUGUCCAUGGGCGAAAGCACUCCUACAGACUGUACACAAAGCUGUUGAAUGAAGCUAUGCGCUGGGCUUCUGCCAUUCAAGGUGUCAUUGACAGCAAAGUUCCCAUCGAAACACCUACACAGCAACUCAUUCGUGACAUCAGG